UAUUGUUUUUGACACUAUUUUUUGAUUUGCUAAUUGUACUACGCUGCCUCGUCCUCGAGAUCAAUUAUUUUGUAGUAAUGGAAUUACUAUUCGUUUCGCACAGAUAUUUUAAAUUCAAACUAAAAUAAAAAGGAUAAUUCCCUUGCCACUCUGUAGAUGUCGUCUCUUCGCCGCCAUGACACUUACAUUAUGGAGUUUCUGUGUGUUUCGUGCACAUCGCGAAAAAUUCUCGUCUCGGAAAAGUUAUAUUUAAAGUGAUUUUUAAGUGUUCUUGAAGAAUGAAUUCAUCAUCGGAUGAGUAUCAGCGUGCUGGGAAACGGAGGAGACAACACAGCGGUGAUCGUUUUCCGAAAAAACGGGAGAAAUCAAUGGAAAAAGUGAAACGACGAAGUCGUUCAAGAAAACGACGCCCAUCCACAUCCUCACGUAGCAGCUCAUCCUCCACAGAAAGAGGAUCAAGGGAAUUCAGCCGAAGAACCAAAAAUAGUGAGCGUUUACGCAGAGAAACGCCACGCAGAACAUUACCUGCAAGUCGGAGCGGCGAGCGUCACCCACGCGGUGCGCCACGCAAACGAAGCAGGUACAAUGAUUCUAACCUCGACAGGAACAGAUACGACUCAGUGAGUGAGAGUUCUGUAUCAUCACACCCCGACGAGCGGAGCUCGAGCAGUCCGCCUCGGGAUGAAACAGAAAAACCUGCUCACGAAACGACACAAUCCGGAAAAAAUCAGCCUGGAACAGAGGAGAAGAUUGCCAAACAGGCGUCAGUGGAAGUCGAUAAUGCAGAUCCCCUGUUGAGCCAACUGGACUCUACGGAGUUCGAGAAAAAAGCGACGGGGGAGCCCGUGAAUGAUUCCGUGUCAAAGUUGUGGUCGAACAUUUUCAAAACAGGCUUCAAAAAAGAUCGAGAGAAGGAACUCCUCGAAAAAUAUCCGCCAGCGGAAAACUGUACUUUAAUGGCCACACCAAAGUUAAAUCCGGAAAUAAAGACGGCUUUGAAAAAACACCCAAAGACCUUGAAGAGAGAAUCAUACCAAACCAGUUACCAGAAUCAAGUGAGUGCGGCUUUGGCGGCAAUUGGCACGGGAUUGACUCGAAUAUUAAAUGCCGAAAACCGCAAUGAACACAAAGAACUAUUCGAAACAUUAAGUGACGCGGGAAAAAUAAUGGCAGCAUUACAUCAUAACAUCUCAAUGGCAAGAAGGGCCAUUAUUCAACCAUGUCUAAAUGUUGUAGUCAGUGAAGUGGCCGAAACUACAGAAGUCGAUUCCCUAUUGUUCGGGGAAACCUUCUCCGAGAAGUUGAGGGCCGCAAAGGAGGUGGAGAAAAGAGGAGAGGAUGUCACCAAAGCCACGAAUACUUUGACUGUCAAAAAAGGCACCAACACCACGAGAGGAAGGAACGACUUCAAGUCCGGCAAUUUAAACUGGCGGGGCCCUCCCAGGCGCAGUCACAACAGACAGCAACAAGGAGGGCCAAUGAUGAAUCGGAGUUACCAUCAGCGAGCGCCCAGGAAAUAGAGAAAGCAACACCCACUCGCGGUCAAACUUAUCCAGGUGGCCGCACUGUUAUCAAGGAAGGCUUCAAGAUGAGAGGACACACGGAAGAGACCGCCAACAUCAUGUUGUCGUCGUUAUCCGAUAGAACGUUGAA